CUCCCGGCCUGCCCCGCGCCGCCGGCGGGAGGGAAGGCAGGAGGGGCAGCCAUGGCAGCCAUGGCAGCGGGCGCGGCGCUGCCGCUGCCGCUGGAGGAGUGGCGGCUCUACCUGGCCUCGGCCCGCGCCGCCACCUUCCGCAGCUGGCCCUUCACCGAGGGCUGCGCCUGCACGCCCGAGCGGAUGGCGGCGGCGGGGUUCGUGCACUGCCCGAGCGAGAACGGCCCCGACGUGGCGCAGUGCUUCUUCUGCUUCAAGGAGCUGGAGGGCUGGGAGCCCGACGACGACCCGCUGGAGGAGCACAAAAAACACUCCGCGGGCUGUGCUUUUCUCUCCCUCCGGAAAGAUCCUGCUGACCUGUCCCUGCAGGAGUUCCUGAAGCUGGACAAAGGAAGGAAGAAAAAUGCAAUUAAAAAAGCAAUUUCUCAGAAGGUGACCGAGGUUGAAGACGCAGCCAAGAGCGUGCGUUGUAAAAUAGAAGAUCUGGCCUCCUAGGCUACUGUAGCUUCUCACUUGCCCGUGACAUCGCUCUUGUGCUCUGGCACUGCCAGUUUGACUCUCUGAGACUGCUCUCAGAAAGGCCAUCUCUGUGAGAAGCAGGCUGAAUUCUCCUUCCCUCACCUGAGUCGUGUCUAGAAAGUACUUGGGGCUUGAUGCAUUGCAUACGUAGUCUUUUCUUUGUAGGGAUUCUCCUGUUCUUUCUCAUGGUAUAGUUAAGGAUUACUAUCUGUGGUUUUAUUUGUUCUGUUUUUUUUCGAACCAAACCAUUUCUAUUUUGGAGGUGCUGGUAGCUCUGCUCCAAAGGCUUGUGUUCCUUGCAAGAGCUGACAGUCACUUCCAUUUUUACCCUGAAUAUACCAAUGCUUUUGGAUACUUUUGGAAAUGGAAAGGAGAAGGAGUUUUAAAACUCCUUCAGGGAUUUAGGAUUGUGGCUAAAAAUGUGUAAUUAUGCCAAAUCUUAGUGUGCCUGGUAUCCUUGUAAACUUCUCUUUGUAGUUGGCUGCUGCCUCAUGUUGAUGCAUUUAUUAAUAAAAGUUGAGGGCGAAACAGCAA